GUCCAGAUUGCAACACAGUGUCCACCAUCUUGGCCGAAGUUGCCACAACGUGAAAUAUUAUAAAAAAGAAACUACCCGAUCUCGCGAGGAAAGGCGAUUGCAGUGUUGACUAUUGUGACAAAAAAGAGGAGUCCGCUAUACGCGCCAAAAACAAUCACAACAGCAUUAACAAAACAAAACCGUGGAGGAGCAGCACCACGGCAGGGAGUGUGCUAUAAGCAGGCAAGUCGCUGUCGUAGGCCAGGAGGGGCAGCUGUCAAGGAGGCGGCGUGCCAUCUUUCCGAAAGCGGAAAAAAUUUCAACUACGUCAAACGUCAUACGUUAAACUGCAAGGAUAUCCAUUAAAGGAAGCCAGCUAGCUAGAAUGAACGCCAAACGUGUCAAGUAUACCACCGUCAAGACGGAGGAUGUGCCCGUUGUCAUCCAUCCCGACGACGUCGAGGAGGAGGAGGAGGAGGUCGAGGCCCAUGAGCAGGAGCACGAGCACGAGGAGCAUGAGCACGACGAUGGUGAGACACAGUACACCUAUGCCUACACCACUGGCGAGGACGACGAUACAGAGACCGCCGUGGUUACGCUAAGCGACCGCGAGCACGAGGCUCUGGCCAAUGCCCAAGAGGUGAUCAUCGAUGAGAAUGGACAUGCCGUAACCCUGCAGCAGCUGGUGGAGAACACCACCGUCGAGGAGGUGGAGACAAUUGAGCAGGGCGACGGCACCCAUACCAUUCUGCACAUUGUGCCCGGCAAUAUACACGACGAUGGCGAGGAUGAGAUCGAGGAAGAAGAGGAAGGCGAAGAGGUCGAUGAAGAUGAUGAUCUCGAUGAGAUCGUGCCCGUGGAGCAUGAGGAGAUCGAGGGCGAGGAGGAGGACGACGAUGAGGAUGUCGCCUCGAUUGUAUUUGAGGGCACCCUCGAGCAUAAUGCCGACCAGGACUCGAAUGCCCGCAACAAGACCUUCUAUUGCCCGAAUUGUGGCAAUUGUUACAGUGCCGCCGGCUCCCUGAAGCUGCACAUGCGUGCCUGCCUGCGCCAGCGCAACGAGGUCUCCGCCGAUGAUCGCAAGUGCAAGGUCUGCAGCAAGAUUUUCAAUUCGGUGGCCUACCUCAAGGAGCACAUGAUGCGCCACACGGGCGAGCAACCAUUCCGCUGCACUCGUUGCUAUCGCAAGUUUGUGGAGGAGAGCAAAUAUGUGGCGCACAUUGAUGCCCACAAGCACCAGGACAAGCUGGAGGCCGAGGCUGUGGCCAUGUCCGCCCAGCAUGGCGGCAAGAAGGUGGUGGUCAAGGAGUUCAACUGCUCCUUUUGCACACAGAACUUCACGGUGGUCUUUGAUGUCGGCCAGGUGAAGCGUCGCUAUGCCUGCGAUGCCUGCCGCGACAAGUACUCCAAUGCGGAGGCAUUGCGUCAGCACAAGCAGGCUGUGGACGAGAAGCGUGAGUUCAGCUGCGUUCGUUGUGGCCGCAAGUUUGUCUUUGAGGGCUUCCUGCAGCGUCAUCUGCCCACCUGCGAUGGCAGUAUUAAGCGUCGCCGUGACAUGAAGUAGAGGCGGCCACAGCAACGUACUGAUCACUGGCAGCGGCGGCGGCAGCAGCAGCAGGAGCGGCUGUCACCGUCACCAGUCCAUUACGUUGUUAUCAAGGAGGAACAGGAGGAUCUAGAGCAGGAGGAGUGUGAAGAUGAGCAGGCGGUACAGGUGACGGAGGAGGAGGCGGAAGAGAAGAAGGAGCAUUACCACGAUUAUGAUUAUAAAUAUGAGCGAUAUCAGGCGGAAUAGAGGAGCUGAAGCGAGCAGCAAGGACCACUUAAAUUGUAGCAACUUAUUACAUUAUCUUAAACGAGCAGAGUAAAGGAGCAGGAGCAGCUGCUGGCCCCAAAGAAACCCAAACUAUUCCAAAGGAGGAUACGAGUUUCAUCUCUAUUUUUUUUUUUACAAAUUAUAUAUACACACACACCUAAUUAUAAAUAUAUAUUGUUCAAUUAUGUUCAGAUUGUGGCCAGCAGUAUGCAUAUUUUGAUUCAUGAAAUGUAUAGAUUGUAUAAUUACUUACGUUUAAAUUAACCAUAAUUAAUUCUAAUGCGCUGAUAAUUGUACAAUUAACCCCACAAAUGCCCAACAACAGCAGCAGAAUAUUAAGUGCGCGACAAAUUGAUGUUGAAAUUCAAUAAAAAACUAAACAAAAUCACACAAAAACAAAGAUUUAUAUAUAGUUAUUCCAGGAAUUCUUGUUUUCCUAGGAAAACCCUGGGUUCUCUUUGCUUUUGGGCCUGUCUUUGGAGUUCUUUUUCCAGUUAAAGCUUUAUUUUUCAUGAUAAUUAAAUACUCAAGAAGAUUUUUAGCUUAUCAUUAAGCUCUUUCUAUAACCAAUUAAGACGAGAUCUUCGGAUGAGCACUUUGUUAUUAGUUUUUAGGUAUUUUUCUUCAACAGAGUAUUGCAAAUUGAUCAAAUUCUCCUUAAGCUCUUGAAAUAUAUUAAAAAAUUAUAUAUAUUUUAAAAAUAUAAACCUCUUUAGACCCCCUUUUUGUUAUAUUUCCUUUCGGGCCUAAUGGGAAUCCCCCCAAGCAGCUGCUUCUAUAUUAUUUUGGCCAUUUUUGAGCACUGCCAAUGGAUUGCCAUCUGGCAACCCCUUCCUAGG